AACACUAGCCACUAGCCACUAGCAUAAUAAUUCCAGCAACAUGGCGUUUACACUGUGGACGCUUUUUGAAGCAACUUUAUUAUGCUUAAAUGCAGUUUGUGUUUUGAACGAGGAAAGAUUUCUCGCUAAAGUUGGUUGGGCGUCAUGGCAAAAUGUACAAGGAUUUGGGGAACCUCCAACAGCUAAAUCACAAAUAUUGAAUCUUAUUAAAUCAAUACGAACUGUGAUGAGGGUGCCCUUGAUAUUUUUUAACAUCUUAACAGUAAUUGUGAAGCUUAUACUAGGAUAAUGAAAAGGAAAAGGAAACAAUGUAAAUAUAUCGUAAAAUGAUGUGUUUAAGAUAAAACUAUUGAAUAAUGUACACAAAGAAACUUAUUAAAUUAUAUUACUUUUA